ACGUUCACCUCGUGCUUUUAGUUUGUUUUCGGCGCGCACAACUUUCGCGGUGCUUUCGUUUUGACCUAUGUUUUGACGACCUUAAAGCCGUGCCCUGAUAUUUUUCUUUAGUUAUUUAUUGAAGUCGUAGUCGCCAUGGCAUCUUUCACACCGUUCGACAUGGCUGUCGACGACCUGAAAAGACUAAAUUGUUAUGUUGUGCAAGGGCUGGACGUGAUCCUCGGUGUUGCUGCCGACGUUUGCGAUGUAGGCGAAGGUGAUGCUUUGAACGAAAGCGUGGAGGCCUUAAAACUUUGCACGAAGGGUAUGAUCAAGGAAGAAUAUGACGCCGACAGUUUCGUGGUAGCAGCAACUGCAUUGAAGGCACAGGCCAGACAGACUGCCGAAGCCAACCGACAACUAGAUUGGAAACAAGAGCUUGCCUCUACAUAUGAAGCUGCAAAACAGCGUCAAGGAGACCCAGAAAAUCACGUGGCAUUCAAGAAUCUCUUUAGGAUUACAAGCAGAGUGGAGGAAGUUUCAUCGUCCCAAGACCCCGAGGACAGCAUGACCGUUACCGAGGACAUUGAAAACGUUCAGUGGAAGGACCCCAUCACCCAGAAAGACAUUGAAGCGCCUGUGAAAAACACAAAGUGCAGCCACGUCUACGACAAAAACAGCAUCAGCCAGUACAUCAAAAGCACUAGACAUCCGAGGUGUCCGUAUCUGGGCUGUGCGAACAAAGUCACUCUGAAUAUGAGAGACCUGGUGGAUGACCACUUUGUUGCGAGAAUAUUGAAUGAACGAUCAAAGAAGAAAGACUGAAUUCGUCAUCAUCACCAUGCCUCAUUUAGCGUGUUCUAUCACAAAUAAAAUUAAUAUUGUGUGUUGCACUCUUCAGUGAUAAAAA